UCCUCCGGUGUUGGUCCCCUGCUGGUGGUGCGGGACGUGGGGCCGCUGAUCAUUCCUUAUGCCCCGUCAGUCGUGAUGUCUGAGCCCACUCCCCCGCACGGCCUCCGUGAGUCCCGAAGGGAAGAGCAGAGGAAGUAAGAAGAGGAAGCAAGGAGAAGAAAAGGGAAGGAGGGAAAGGGAGGGGAAAGGAGGAGGGAGGGGGACCAAAACAAGAGGGGCUAGCUCUGGUCCGGGGGGUAGCUAGCCGGGGCUGCGCGGUCGGAACAUCCAUGGGUGGCUGUGUGGGGAGCCACCACGAUUCUUCAGGCAGCUUAAACGAAAACUCAGACGGCACUGGAGUGGCUCUUGGGCGAAACCAGCCCCUGAAGAGAGAGAGGCCUAAAUGGAAGAGUGACUACCCCAUGACUGAGGGCCAGCUGCGGAGCAAGAGGGAUGAGUUCUGGGACACGGCGCCCGCCUUCGAGGGCCGGAAGGAGAUCUGGGAUGCACUGCGGGCCGCAGCCAGCGCUUUCGAGAGCGGCGACCACAUGCUGGCCCAGGCCAUCCUGGACGGAGCCAGCAUCACCCUGCCCCAUGGGGCCCUGACGGAGUGUUACGACGAGCUGGGGAACCGCUACCAGCUGCCCGUCUGCUGCCUCUGCCCCCCCGUCAACAUGAUCGAGGAGCACUCCGACGAGCCCGAUGGCUCCGAGCCCGACGGCUCCGACCCGGACUCGGGCGCGGCCGACCCGUCGGGCGCGGCCCCGGCCCCGGGAGGGGAGCGCCUCCUCAGACUGCGUCUCUCCACGGGCCGCGACCUGCGGCUGGUGGUGCGCUCGGCCGACACAGUGGGGGCCAUGAAGCGCCGCCUGCAGGCGGCGGAGGGCGUGGCGCCGGCCGCCCAGCGCUGGUUCUUCUCCGGGCGGCCCCUGACGGACCGCCUGCGGCUGGACCAGCUCAACGUGUCCCGGGACUAUGUGGUGCAGGUGAUCAUCAGCCAGCCCCCCGCGCCGGACACGCCCCCGCUCGGACACGGACAGGCGGCGGGGGAGGGGCCGUGCACGGAGCCGGAGGACCACCGCCCCACCGCCAGCCCCGCUGACUAUUAGCCAGGGGGGGGGGACCCGGAGACACGUGUGACUGGACCUGAGAUGGAGCCGGAGGAGAGACGGGGUGCAGGGUGGAGGGGAGGUGGGGGGGAAUCGAAGGGGAAGGAGGGGGGGGGGGGGGUGGGGAUGGAGGAUGGAGGAGAGCUGGGGUAGAGAUGGAGGAGAGGUGGGGUGGUUGAGAUCCUCUAUGAAGCGUGUGUUUCGGCGCACGUUGACCUGCCCUGUCCUGGUUUUACACAAUGGUUUUCUCACUAUUCUUUUCUACGUAUUGUGAGACUGUUCCUGUGGAAACCAAAAAAAAAUAAUCAAAUGGAAUAUGGAUAUAACUCUGAACUUUCGGGGUUGCAGUUCAGAGGCUGUUUUUUUUAUUUUUUA